AUGGGGAAGUUCAGACACAAUCAGAGUUUGAUGAUGAUCCUGCUCGUGCUGCUUCUCGCCGUCUCUGGGCGUGGCCAGGCUCACAGUGUUCGUGGCCAGGAGAUAAAUGGUGCAUGUGUGUGUGAGGUGGACAGCAAAGUUUGGGCUUUUCCUACUGCCAAGUAUGAUGACAUGACAGAACUGCUGCAGAACUGCAACGAUUCACUGCAACAUCUCCACAGACAGACAGAGACGAGCACUAAGACGAUGCCUGAGAUGGAGGUGAAGCUGAAGAACAUGACGGAGAGACUGGAGAAAUAUCAGUAUCUGAACACUCAGGGUCUGUACAACGCUCUACAUCUGAAGCAGCUCAGCCAGGAGAUCCAGCAGCUGCAUGACAUCAUGAGUAACGUCCAGACAAGUAAAGGGGAAGCACAGCAGAUACUCACAGAGUUGCAGAAGUUUCAGGAGGAUGUGAAUAAGAUGUACAAAAAAAACAUCUUCAACCUGGAAACAAUGAGGGAGAAGUUACGCUCUCUUGGUAACCGUGUCCAGACCUGCAGGACCAUCCCUCAAGACUUCAGAAAUUCUUGUUCUCAGCGUAUGAUGAGAAAUAUUAGUGCUCCAGUAGUCACUAAAUUAAACCCGUUUAGUUCAUCUUUCAUCGCUGGAGCUUGGGGUCAUGAUAUCAACAGUGAUGGUGAAGAAAUAUACUGGAUCCAGCCUCUAGCUAACACCCACAGGUUGGGCAUCACUGUGCGCUUCUACCAGGCUUAUGAGGACUUCAUGGCUGGUAAGAACCACAGAGAUGAAACACUGGUCAACUCAUACACUCACGCUAACGCCAUUCAGGGUCCAGGGACCAUCGUUUAUAAGGGUGUAGUGUAUUAUCAGUGCUAUAACACGCCUGAACUCUGUGCCUUCGAUUUGAAAACCAAGCAAUUCCAACGUCUCGCACUUCCUGAUGCCGGAUUCAACAACAAAUUUCCCUACUGCUACUACAACUGCUUGGAUUGGACGGAUAUCAACCUCUCGGCUGACGACAAGGGCUUGUGGGUAAUUUACGCCACGGAAGCAAACCAUGGGAACUUAGUGGUGAGUCGAGUGGACACUGAAGACUUUAGCAUAACACACACCUGGAAGACACGUCUGUUCAAGCGCUCGGUGACCAACGCCUUCAUGGUGUGUGGGGUGCUUUACGCAACUCGCUUCAUUAACACCUACAAAGAAGAAGUGUUCUACGCCUUCGACACGACCACAGGGGCCGAGGACAACACGCUCUCGCUUUCUAUGGAGAAAGUAGCAGCGGGCGUCGCCAACCUUAACUACAACCCCACAGACACGAAGCUCUACAUGUACAACGGUGGCUACAUGAUUGCCUACCAAGCUUCCUUCUAAAAGCUACAUUUAAAUAUAAAAUAUAGAGCUAUAAAUGCAGCAUGAUCACCAGUAUCGUAUAGAAUCAGACUAAAACUUAAUUGCAAGCAGUGGAACACUGCAAAGAUGAAAGAAAAAUGCUUUUUUGUCUCAUUUAAACUUAUAAAUUCUAUUACCAUGCUUUGUUUCCUGGUUUUACAUAUACACACUGACUAAAAUGUAUAUUAUUCAAGUUUCUAGGAACAAAUCCUGUAACUAAACUGUAUUGAAAUGACGAUUGAUUGCUUAUUUUUCAAAUUUUAUGGAAAUCAUAAUUCUUUAUAAUAAUGCUAUUUUUAUAUUUAUAUGAUCUUUACAGUGGUAUACUGGUACAUUAAAAAUGCUGUACAUGUAAAGCCUCAUUAAAGAGAAAUACAUUUUUUAUAUUGACUGAC